GGGUGUUCCUUGCUUUUGGGAGGUGCUUUAAAUGUGACUGCCAGAGCCGUGGGCUGCCAAGAGCAGAAGCCGACUGCACGAUGCUGAGCUCGGGUCUUCCCCCUGUUUUCCUGGUGCUCACAGUGCUGGAGCUGAGCUGGUCCCUGAGUGAGGAAGAAAAGAAGAUAAUCCUGGAUGAGCAUAAUAGAUACCGCUCCCAGGUCUCUCCUCCUGCCAGGGCUAUGAUGAAGUUGACCUGGGACAAGGAGCUGGAGAGCCUUGCUCAAUCCUACGCAGAGAAGUGCAUCUGGGACCACAACAAGGAGAGGGGCCGACGGGGGGAAAACCUCUUUGCCAUGGCCCCAAUGCUGGAACUAGAAUUUGCUGUGGAAGACUGGAACGGGGAGGAGAAAUUCUACAACUUGACAACAUCCACGUGUGUCCCUGGGCAGAUGUGUGGCCACUACACCCAGGUGGUCUGGUCAGACACUAAACAGAUUGGCUGCGGGGCAAAGUUCUGUGAGAAGAUCGAAGGAAUCGAAACGGAGAACAUGCACCUGCUGGUUUGCAACUAUUAUCCCGCGGGCAACGUGAAAGGGAAAAAGCCCUACUGGGAAGGACCCCCGUGUUCGACGUGUCCCGAGGGCACAGUCUGUGUGAACAACCUGUGUGCAGGUGCCCUGGACACUGAAGGAAUGGAGACAAACUCGGAACAGACAAACGUGGAUCAGCCCAUAUCUGGAACCACCAGUCCCUGCUCAGGGCUUUCGCUCUUCCUCCUCCCCAGUGCCAUCCUGGUGGGCCUUCUGCUUUGAAUGGUCUUUCUCAGCUCUCCCUGUUCCAGUCACCAAGGCUUUCUUCAGCACUGGUUGUUCCACAACCCUGCUGGGCUCAGGAGACCCCUCAGACAGUUCAGGCUGACACCUCCCUUCUUACGCUGCCUUAUCUGCUCCAGCCCCGGGCAGUGGCAGCCCCGUGGGAACUUGGUCCCCUUCCUGAGGAGACCCAAGGUUAGGAGGGUGUCUGCCAUAAUGCUGGUGACCUUGGACACUUCUCCUUUCUUCCUGGCCAGCCCGGGCUUCUGUUCCAUUUGCAAGGUGGGAGUGGUGAGCUGUCCCCCAGCCGUGUGGCCGGCAGGCCCCGCCGCACCGUGUCCCCAGGGACAGCAGGACCCAGGCGGCAAAAAGAGACGUGGUGGUUGGCUUUGGUGUUUGUAGAUGAAACAUGGUGGUUGGCUUUGGUGUUUUCUGCUGUUCGUCAGGAUGAGCCUCCAGCAAAAAUGCUCUUUUCCCUUCCCAGUGUGUCUGUUUGUCUCAGAUUUGGGCAAGUUUCAUCUCUUUCCCCUCUUGUCCAAAGAGAGGAUUUUUUAUUUUCCCGUUUCCCUCCUGGUUCUGGUGUAGCUUUGUAGAAGUAGCUCUCCCUACUUCUCCUCACAUCCCUGCAGCCCUUGCCUCCUCCCUCUCUCCUGUCUCUGCCCCAUGUCCCAUUCCUCAGUUAUUGCCAUUAUCCAUUGCCACAGCUUUAUUUUACGCCUGUGCCUUCACCUUUGUGCAUGCACAGAAGAGAAACCUUGAGCCCUGAGAGGAGCCACCAUCUCCUUCAUACAGCUUUCCCUUGCAUGGCUUCUUUCUUUGCAUAAUUUCCCUGUAUUUGAAUUUAGGUACAGAUUCCUCUUGACAUAUAAUCUGUGUGUGGUGGAACCUGGUCCAGGAGAAACAAGUCACCACACGAGUCGGUACAAUCUGAGCUCAAGAGAGCCAAGUGAUGAUGUUACAGGUCAGUGGUGGCUCCAGGACUUGUUGCAGAACCACUGUCAUUAUCUGAGACACUGUGUUUUGUUACCCCACAUCUCCCUUCACCUGAGGAUUCCCAGUCAGGUGUGUUAAAUAUGUGACAAGCUUUCCAGACUGGUGGGAGAAAGAUAACUGGAAGAUACAGUCCCUUCUCUGGUGAUUGCAUCCUUUGAUUUCUUACACAGGUGAGGUGGAGGAUGACCUGCAUUGUUCAUAUCCUCCCACCUGCUGCUCUGUCCUGUGCACUGAAUAAAUCCUUUUGUUAAAGUCUG